CUAAACCGGGGAGUGAAAGUGAUCCGGUGAUCUUUCUCCCGUGACAGACCGCGGAGGGCGAGGCAGUCCUUCGCCAGUGUUCCUCCGGGUUUACGCUCAUAGUGUUCGGCCCGUUGCUGGAAACGCGUUCCUGCCUCUUUGCCAUGGUCCAGCUCCAAGGAAUAGUCCGCGGGUCUCCUUGAGCAGAUGACGUCACUGCGGGCGGCGAGCCUGCUCCUGGCCGUGGGGUGGGCGCUGGGCUACGAGCAGGAGAAAGGGACAGUGACGAUGCACUCGUACGCCCGCGAGGAACGCGGGCUCCUGGGGCCGGCCCUUCGACCCCCGCCCCCUCCCCCGCGCCCCCGGGGCAGGGACCAGCGGGCCACCCCCUCGCACGUCCGCCACGUUCGCGGCUUCCCCGUCUACCCCCGGUGGCACGGCUACCCGGGGCUCCACGGACACGGCUACCAUGGGCACGGCUACCACGGCUGGCCCGGCUACCCUGGGCUACAUCACGGGCAUUACAGGCCCGGCUACGGGACCAUCCACGCCCACGGACACAUCGGCCCCCACGGGAUACAUUUCCAUGGGCACAUCAAGCACAAGCCCAAGAAAAAGCCGUUUAAACAUCACAAGUAUAAGCACAAGCGGCGGCAUCGCUAUGACUCGUGGCUCUACUGA